AUGCAGUCUUUGAUCUACAAUCUCUGUCGUGCGAACUAUACCUUUCAUCUCUUAUCUCAUGGUUUCGAUGUCCAUGAAGGAAUCAAACUAGUCGACACUCCAUAUUCACAAGCUGUUACUGCUCACCAGCAGACUUAUGCAAGAGAUUUAGCUCAAGAACGGUAUACUCAAGAAAUGGAUUAUUUAUACCCAGAUACACUAAAGAAGUGUCAACCGUUUAGUAUAUAA